AUGCCCAAGGCUUGCGAUGAGAAGGCUCCGGUUGCUGCUCUCCGGAAUGUCCAGAUUCUCAUCUCUUUGGUCGGCCACUCUGCGAUCGACUGCCAGUACGAUCUGAUCAGAGCUAUCCCGAAGACCAAGAUUCAAUUGUUUGUUCCUUCCAAUCUCGCCGUCCAUUACCGCAGGCAGGGACUAGGGACAGAGCCCAUCAGUGCCAAGAUCAAAGUAGGAGAGGCAGCGGAGAGGCUGGGCGUGCCAACAGCAGUCGUGCUGACCGGCAACGUCGCGGAAUUUGCGCUUGAUACACCUCUAUCGGAACUGACACCCACCGGGGACAAGAUCGCACAAGCGCUUGACCAGAGGUUCGGAGCGACUUCAGCGAAGCACACGGGUUCUAUUGAAGAGGUCACUCGCCGGGUGAACGCCAUGAUCGAGGCCAACGACCCACUAGCGCUUGCCUGGUACACGCGUAAGAACUGUGGAAAUGGCGAUCAGCUAAAAUUUCUCGGGUCGAAUAUGUCGGAGGUGGAGGGUUAUGAGACAGAAUCCAUUGAGGACUUGCUGGUGGCAGAAAACUCGGAAAGUAUCGGGCUCGGCCGGAAGAGACUACGCGAAGCGCUUUACUAG